AUGGAUGGUUACAAAAAGCUUUCUUUGGCAAAAUGCGACUGGGCCCCUGGAGAAAUCCUGGACAACGCAGGUGUGAGACACUGUAUCGUCGGUGAUCUCAUUGUCGUCGCCGUUGGAUAUCCACUGGUUCCCUUCGAUUUCCAAUUCGCAAUUGCAGAUGAGCAACUGGAAACUGCCCGUUCAGCUCUCGCUUCCGGGGGCUACCAAGAAGUCCCCCAAACCCAUCAGAGAUUUUUUGACAGAACUGCAACCAACGAGAGCACAACAGGCUGGCCAGGUUAUCGAUUUUUACCUAAUGAUGCUGAUGAUUGGACGACGAGCAUCAUUAUUGUGCCUGCAAAGUUCUGGCAUCUCGAUUUGAGCCGCGAUGCCUGGAGUAGAGACACCUUUCUCUUUCCAAAUUCCCCUUGCAGAUUCCCGCGGAGGCUUGUCUAUUUUCGAGCUAUAAUUGAUAUCGUCGCCGACCGCUAUUCGGCUAAAGGCUUAAAUACUACCAUUACCGAUUACUUUGAGUGCCACUAUGUAUACCUUCUGAGUUUUGUCAAAGAUAUAAUCGCAUACCUUCCUGAUGAGGAUCAAUUCUUUGUUGAGCUAUUCCGCAGGGUCAUAAUGCGCCAUGUGCGGCAGAAGGUCUGUUUUCAGAGACAGCAGAUCCGCGCGGGGAUCGUAACUCCUGAAGAAGCAAGAGCUCUGAUUCCAAGGCCGGACCUGAAGCUUGCGGCUAUAAAACAGAAGUACCGAGAUCGUGCAGAUAGCAUGCUUCAAGAGGGCCACGACAUAGAACAUCCGAAGGGCAUUGGACCGUCUACCACUAGUUAA